GCGCAUCCAAGAUGGCGGGGGGUAUAUAAGGUGUCGUCGGGCUGCCAUUUGCGGAGCGGAGGCUCGGGUUUAGGGAGUCGCUUCGUGUCGGAUUUAAGUAAAAAAUCCCAAACGGGGGAAAAAUUUGAGGCUUAAAAACCUCUCCCGAAGGCACCGCGAUUCGGUUGCCGUCUCCGAUCACGGGAUCUUAAGCGGCAGCAUGGAGCGUGAGGGCGGUUCUACGGCCCCGGCAGGCCCGACGACUCGCCAGCAAUAGAAAGCACCGUGAUGUCAUCUGGUGAUCAAAAGUCAACUAACGAUCUCUCCAAAGCAGCUAAUGGCUGCUGUCAGGCUACCAGGUGAGGUCUACAAUGGGAUCAAUGGUAUGUCGAGUGAGAGUGGCCCAGGGAAGAGACUAAGAAAACUACCAGCGAUGGGGGAUGGCCUAGAAAGCACACAGAUGUCUUCAACACAGUCGCAAGCUCAACCCCAACAAAGUAAUGUUAUUGGUAAUCCUCCCCCUCCUGAGACAUCCAAUCCCAACCGAUCCAAACGACUGACGAACCAGCUUCAGUUUCUGUCAAAAGUGCUCCUGAAGACGAUAUGGAAACACCAGUUUGCUUGGCCUUUCCAACAGCCUGUGGAUGCUGCGAAACUAAACCUACCUGAUUACUAUAAAAUCAUCAAACAUCCUAUGGAUAUGGGAACAAUUAAAAAGCGCUUGGAAAACAAUUACUACUUGAACGCCCAGGAAUGUAUUCAAGACUUCAAUACCAUGUUUACCAACUGUUACAUUUACAAUAAGCAAGGGGAUGAUAUAGUCUUAAUGGCAGAAGCUUUGGAAAAGAUUUUUCUUCAGAAAAUUUCAGAGAUGCCACAAGAAGAGAUUGAAGUACCUAUACAGCCUGCUAAAGGAUCACGGGGUAGAGGCAGAAAAGAAGCAGUUCAGUCUAAAACCAACGUGUCAACUGUACAGACUGCUCCCCAAGUGACAAUGCCAGUAUCGGCACCAGCACCACCACAGCAGCCACCACCCCAGCGGGCACCUCAGGCAUCUCAGCCUGCACCAUCGCAGCCGCAGCUUCCAUCAGUAUCUGUACCGGCACCCACACCCCAGUCAUUUCCUCCUGCGACUCCUGACUUGAUAGUCCAGCCACCAACGACAACAGUGUCUCCGCAUACUUCAGCUCCCCCAAUGCCGACACUCACGCCAACAACUGUGAUGACAACAGCACCACAGCCUUUAAAGCAUAAAAAGGGUGUGAAAAGGAAAGCUGACACAACAACUCCAACAACCAAUGUUCCAGUGAAGAGUCGAGAGUCUUCUCCAUUAAUGACUGAACCCAAACCUGCAAAGAUCCCUUCCAGGAGUGGUAGACCUCCAAAGCCCGCUAAGAAAGAGAUUCCAGACUCCCAACAGCAGCAACAUCUUGAGAAGGGUGGGGGUGGAAGUGUUGGGAUUGUAGGUGGUGGUGGGGUUGUGGUUGGCAGUGGAAAAGUUUCGGAACAAUUGAAGUACUGCACUGGCAUUCUUAAGGAAAUGUUUGCCAAGAAGCAUGCAGCCUAUGCCUGGCCCUUCUACAAACCUGUGGACGUAGACGCCUUGGGACUGCAUGAUUAUCACGACAUUAUAAAACACCCCAUGGAUCUCAGUACUAUUAAAUCAAAAAUGGACAACCGACAAUAUGGGGAUGCUCAAGAAUUUGCAGCAGAUGUUCGGUUGAUGUUCUCCAAUUGUUACAAAUAUAAUCCUCCUGAUCAUGAAGUGGUGGCAAUGGCAAGAAAACUGCAGGAUGUUUUUGAGAUGCGUUUUGCAAAAAUGCCAGAUGAGCCUGUUGAACCAGUUGUUCCAUCUCCUCCUCCUGUGCCACCUCCAACCAACCAGGUGUCAUCCUCAUCCUCGAGCGAUAGUAGCAGUGACAGCUCCUCUGACAGCGACAGCAGCACAGAUGAUUCUGAGGAGGAGCGGGCACAGAGGCUGGCUGAACUUCAAGAACAGUUGAAAGCGGUACAUGAGCAGCUGGCUGCCCUUUCCCAACCACAACUGUCAAAACCAAAGAAGAAAGAGAAAGAUAAGAAAGAAGAAAAAAAGAAAGAGAAGGAAAAAGAAAGGGAAAGGCAUAAAAAGAAAGAUGAUGUGGAGGAAAAGAAGAAAAACAAACCUAAGGAGCAACAGCCAAAAAAAUCAAAGAAGAACAAUGCAAAUACCAGGAAUAUGAAGAACAACAAACCUGGACCCACGUACGACUCCGAAGAGGAAGAUAAAUGCAAGCCGAUGACCUACGAGGAAAAGAGACAGCUGAGUCUGGAUAUAAACAAACUUCCUGGUGAUAAAUUGGGGAGAGUAGUUCACAUCAUUCAGUCCCGUGAACCCUCACUGAGAAACUCAAACCCUGAUGAGAUUGAAAUAGACUUUGAAACAUUAAAACCCUCCACAUUGCGAGAGCUAGAACGAUAUGUUACAUCGUGUUUACGGAAAAAAGCGAGGAAACCUCAAGUGAAAAAAGUCCCAGGGAAAUCGAACGAUGAGCUCCAGCUAGACUCGAAGAGUGAGCUGGAUACCAGGUUACAUGACGUUAGCGGCCAGCUGAGCUCUGGGAAGAAACCAGGCAGAAAAGCUGAGAAGCAUGACGUAAGCAUGGAUGUGGGAGGCCCUUCAAGGAUGAGAAGCAGCAGCAGUUCUUCUGAGUCAGACAGUAGCAGUGACUCCAGCUCCUCUGAGAGCAACGACUCUGAAACAGAGGUGCCACCUAAAACCAAACAUGGCAGCCACAAGAGUCGCUCUGGACGGGAGCAGAAGAAGCAACACCACCACCACCAUCAACCACCACAGCCAAUGAAGCAAUCACCUCAACAGUUUGUACCUGCUCCCCUUCCAGUCAUGGAGCCACAGAUAUUGACCAAUGCCUAUGAUGCCAUGCCGCACUUUGGACAGCCCAUGAUGCACCUUCCUCACCAAAGCGAGCUGCAGACGCAUUUGCCGCCACCACCCGAACAGCAUUCGCCCCCUCACCUCACCCAGCAUUCAGUGGUGUCUCCACCAGCUUUGCACAGUAGUCUGCCUCAACAGCCAUCCAGACCCAGUGGUAAAGCAGCACCACUACCUCCAAAACAGCCUCGGCCUCUUGCACAGUCCCCGCCCAUGGUCCCACAGCCUAUGUUACAGCCCCCACAGAUGACACAACCGCCAGCAAUUCUAGAAGAGGAAGAACCACCAUCUCAUCUCUCAAUCCCUCUGCAUACUACUCAGAUGCACCUGUACCUGCAGCAGCUGCAGAAGGCCCAGAAUCAAACCCCGCUUCUCUCGACGACCUCGUCCCAGCCCCAGCCCCAGCCAGUCCUUAACCAAGCCCAGGCAUCCCACACGCAGCCCCAACCUCCACCGCACACUCAGGCUGCGCCACAUCCCCAGCCUCAGCCUCUUCCCCCACAGCAGGUACAGCAGCAGCAUCAGCCGAGGCCACUUCACAUGCAACCCAUGCAGUUUCCACCACACAUCCAACAGCCACAGCCACAACACCAGCCUCCUCAGCAGGCAAAACCCCAGCAAGUCAUUCAACAUCACCACUCCCCACGACAGCCGAAGCCUGACCCCUACUCCACAGCUCAUAUGGCAGAUGUGUCUUCUCCGCUCCUGAUGCAUUCCCCACCGCUGCCACAAUUUCCAUCUCUUGUCCAAUCACCGCCAAGAAAUGUACAGACUAAAAAACAGGAACCCCGAACUCCGUCAAUAGUACAAUCGCAACCAAUGGUGAACGUGAAAGAAGAAAAGAGCCACUCUUCACCUGUAAUCAGAAAUGAGCCAUUUAGCCCUUCGAUGCGCCAGGAGCCAUCAAAGCAGAGAGAGGGAAGCAAACCACCUCCACAUAUUGGUCACCGACCAGAGAUGAAGCACAUGGAAGUUGCUGGGCCAGUGAUUCGGCCUCCAGAACACAGCUCGCAACCUUCUCCUCAGGACAAAGACAAGCAUAAGCAACAAACGCCCAAAACUCCUGUCGCUCCCAAAAAAGAUCUCAAGAUCAAGAACAUGGGCUCAUGGGCAAGUCUAGUUAAGAAGACUCCUUCCACUCCCUCGUCCACGGCAAAAUCAUCAAGCGAUAGCUUUGAGCAGUUUAGGCGAGCGGCACGAGAGAAAGAGGAGCGAGAAAAGGCACUUAAAGCACAGGAGGAGUACCGUAAGAUGCAACAGGAGGCGGCAGAGAAGGAGCGUCUCCGCAUGGAGCAGGAGCGACAGCGAAGUCGAGAUGAGGAGGAUGCUUUGGAAUGUGCUCGGAGAGCUCAUGAGGAGGCGAGGAGGCAGCAACACCUUCAGCAGCAGCAGCAGCAGCAACAACAACAACAACAACAGCAGCAGCAGCAGCAACAGCAGGGCUCUCAGCCAACCUCGCAGUCUAUGCUGGACCAGCAGCGAGAGCUAGCAAGGAAACGGGAGCAAGAACGAAGGCGGAAGGAAGCAAUGGCGGCUACGAUUGACAUGAAUUUUCAGAGCGACUUAAUGGCAAUAUUUGAAGAGAAUCUCUUCUGAGGGCUCCUUAUUCGGGAUAUCCUGACUCUUGAAAGUACUACGAAACUGUUUUCCAUGAGUUACGUGGCACCGUAGUGUUUCGGCCAGGUUCUUGGUGCACGUCUUUCUGCAUGUGUGACCCAGUGAGUGAGCGAAUCGUUCAGUCAAUGCCUUGAAUGGAUGGAUGGACAUGGAUGGACAGAAGUCUGCCUUACAUUUAACCCACAAUAUAGGAAUGAACAAAUAGACAAAAAAAAACUUAUUGUUGUUUAGAAAACACGUGCACAAAUGUGCGUCCAGCUUUCCGAAUGAUACUACUGUAAAGGGGGUGGGGAGGGGUUACCCAUUAGCUGCAAGGCUGUCCUCGCCAAACUCCUUCACUAUGUAUGAAAAGACACAAUUACAUUUUGAUGUAUUCAAUCAAACAGGGUUUCACUAUUGCAGUGUCAGGGCCCUGUUUGCUGAACGGUUUUGCUGCAUUGGUUCCAUAAAUCUACUGCGUCUCCUUCACUGCUCAUGAGAGAACGGGGCGAUACUAUGAUAUAUAUAUUAUAUAUAUGUAUGUAUAUAUAAUAUAUAUAUAUACAUACACAUACAUACACACACACACACACAUAUACACACACACACAUAUACAAAUAAUAAAAUGGGUGAAUUCCCCUGUAAUUGGGAAAACUGGCCCCUUCACUAAGUUACAACAGUAUAAUCUGGAUGGACUAUUUAAGCAGUGCAACUAUGUGUUCAUUACUUUUUUUUACAGUGCAUAGUGCUGUCUGCGGGUUUUGUUUAUCUACAGUUUUCAGAUACUAGGCUCAGUAUGUUCUGACAAGCCAUGUGAUGGUUAUGGCAAUACAAAAAAGGGAAAAAAAAAAUCGUAUGUCGGAGGUUAUGAGUUGAAACAGCAGUCCCAUCUAAAGCAUUUCUUUUGUUUUUCCCUGUUUUAAUUUCUUUUCUGCAGUGUUUGGGAUCAAAGCUGGACUACCAACCAAAGUAGGUGAAAUUGUUUGUCUCAUUACCUCAGGAGAUACGAAUGUUGAAUGGCACUGCUGAAACUGUUUUGUACUGUUGUCCCUCUGAAUAGUAAAGAUACAAGAGCUGACUUUCUUUUCUGCAAAUAACCAGAGGUUUCAGCUGCCCUUGAGUAGUGUUCAACCGAUGCUGUAUAGUGGGUAUGGUUGGUGUGCGAUGCUUAACUUGUAUGUUUUCUGUAACUAAAAACUUACUUUAUUAAUGUAGCAGACUUCCAAUGCGAUUUGGAGGCCCAGGUGUGAGUUUUAUCUUUAUAUGGUCGAUUCUGGGCUUUUUUUUUCUUCAGAGGGUUGUACAAAAUAUACGAGCUGUUUCUGUGCAAGUGUCUCUUUAGUAUUCGCUAAAAGCAUCAAGUGAAGUGCUGGUUCUCCUAGUUAAACUCUGCAGCAAGAAUUAGACGAGUGAUUGUUUUAUGGCAAAUAUGGCAAUUUAAAUUAAUGUACCAUUCCUCGUCUUUGCCUUUAAAUAUAAUUUUAUUUUUUCAGCUGUUUUUAACCUUUUUCUUUUUUAAAAUGAACAUAUUUUAAUGUGCCAAAAUACCCACUAUACAGUACCAGCUCCAGUGUUGGUAACCUCAGUUUAAAGUCGGUUUUACUGAGAGGCAGAAAAAUUGCAUUUGGUCUGUAUCGAUUAUUGAAUAAACACACCUUUUAUACAAUACACUGGUGUCUUUUUCUUAGAGACUGUUCCAUUGGAUUGACCACCUAUACCUAAUUAUCAUGCUUUCAGAGUAAACUGAUAACAUAGCUUACUAAUGAAACAUCUUGACUAAAAACACAACAUCAUUAAAAGUUGAAAGACAUUUUUCAGAGGAAGAAAGAGUGAUUUAAAAAUCCAGUUUUAAUGCAACUCUGCUGUUAAUUGUCAAUAUUGUUCCCAGGACCAUAGAUCUUCAACAAAGCUUGCAAAUACGUGAAAAAACAAAGUUAAGAGUAGCUCAAUACAUAAUGUUGAUAGGAUAGAUGUAUUGGAAGAUGACAAACCUGGUAAAUGUGGAAGAAUCGGAUCCAGCAAUAAUUUCACUUAUUUUAUUGGCCAACUUCCUGUUGCCUUUUAACAUAAAAUGUGUUAGGGAAAGUUAUUCCUCAGAACUGCACAAGUGAUGCACUUUUUACUGGGCUGUGCCAGAAAUGUUGGAGAUUAAUUUCCAAGCUAUCUUGCCUGAAAUUUGCGGUAAUGAAUUUUGGGAAGUGGAGGAAGUUAGUCCUCUAAGAGGAGAGCAAGAUAUGUAAUUGGUUUGGAAUUGCUCAAAGAACCUUAUUUUCAUGAUGGCUGUUAAAGGCUUAGUUCAAUUUAGUUUUCUUCCAAGACAUUGAAAGAAAAACUAUGGAUCUUUUACAAUCCUAAUAUAAACAUGAAAGCAUCCUAACAGAAGAAAUGUAUCAAAAUAACUUGCACCAUGAAAGGAAAUGAAGAACCCAGAAUAGCUCAAGUAAUAUCCAUUGCAGCAGCCGCCAUGUAGGAGCCUUGUGUACACACAUCAGUUUAAUGAUGCCCUUGAGUAUUAAUUUAUCAGGAGGUGCUUCUGGUUAGAAGGGAGGGAAGUGUGAUACUGAGUUGUGGAACUUGCCAGUUUAAUGAUGCCCUUGAGUAUUAAUUUAUCAGGAGGUGCUUCUGGUUAGAAGGGAGGGAAGUGUGAUACUGAGUUGUGGAACUUGCAGUAGAGAAACUGAUCUUCAAGAAAUGUUAUCAUAUGUGAAGACAAAAUAGUUUUUUAAACUGAUUUUGUAAUUCAUAUCUUAUCUAGAUUAAUUUAGAGCAUGUUUACUUUUCUCGGGCAGCAAGGGAUUCUUUUGAUCUUGUUUGCAGACAGCUGAUAUUUUAAAUAAAAUUGUUUUCUCACAGCCAAAUAUAUAGUUUCAAAAUAAAUUCAGAAUUUUUGAAUCUUCCAAAUCAAGGUUAAUGCUUCCAGUAAAUUAAUUCUGAAACUGACAGUUGCCCUUUUGGAAAAGGUGUAGAAUUAUGAAACAGGUGCUUAUCCAAAAUAUUGUGAUGUCAGAAUCAAAUUUGAAUUAAGUAUUUCAUUCAACAGAUUCAUAGCAUCAUCCUGAAUAGGGGAAGGCUAUUUGCCUUUUCAUGCUUGUGCUGUAUCUUUGAAAGAACUGCACAAUUGGACCCACUUUCCUGCUCUUUCCUCCUAACCCUGUAAAUGCUUAACUUUUCAAGUUUAUAUAGUUCCCUUUUGAAAGCUGUUACUGAGCCUAUUUUGACCCUUUUAGGCAAUGUGUUAUGAGAAGUGUAAAAAGAAUAUUCAUCAUUUCCCCUCUAGUUCUUCUGCCAACCUGUGUUGUCAGAUUAACAACUUUAUUUCCGGUAGAAAUAGUGUCCAUUUCAAAUCACUUUCUUAAAAGGUUUCUUUAACCUUUGCUCUGAGGAUAAAAAUCCUAGAUGGUCUUAUCUGUCCACAUCGGUUAUGUUAUAUUACUUGCUGUGGACACUGGAGAAAGUCGUUCCUUGGGUGUGAAUCAGGUUGCAGCAUUGGCCACAUCUUGAUGCUCGGCUUAGACAAAGUACAUCUGGAGAUUUUUGAGGCUGCUGUUACGAUGGCUUUUGAGAUGGUGAGGCAAGAGAGUCUUUGCCUCUCAGGACAGCACAACAAUGAUUAAAUGGUCUAUUAGUCUUGGUGUUUGAGAGAUGCUUUGUAUUGUUUGCCAGUGCUAGAGGUCUUUGGAAUUAAACUCUUUGGAACAAUAAAUAGAAUUUGUGCAUUUAAAAAAUAUUUAAUUAACAUUUUUAAAACAUUCUAAAAAAUAUUUAGAUGGUGACCCCUGUCCCCUGUAUAGGAUUACUAAGGAAUUAAAGAAAUUGACAUAACGUAAAAGUUUCAUGAAGUUAGAGAGCUUAAUUUUGGAAGCAUAUAAUAUUCACUUGUAGUAUUUGAAAUGUUAGUAUUUUAGUGGUUGGUAUUUAAUUCCCCCCAUCUGCUCUCUUUCUCCCCCACACCCCCCCCCCCACACCCCCAACAUGUGCUUGUAUGUGAAAUGGUCUAUGGCAACCAAAGCAAAAUACUGAUCAUAGUUAUUUAUGGCAGUUACUUGUCAAUCAGAAAAAUGGGCCUCUGUAGAUUUUGACUAAGGUGUCUGAAGUUUAAUCUGCCUUUACACAAUUUUCACAAACCUCAUGACAACCUGUGAGAAGUGGCUACCCCUCCUACAGUCCCAUGUAAGUGCAUUUAUUCUUUAAUCUGAACACUUUUUAAAAUCCUGGCUUGUACAUAUCACUUGAUGAAGAACUGACUCGGUAAACUAAGUGCUUAUGUAGCAUUUGUCUAUUUUUUUUUAUAAAACAGUGUCUGCAAUAAUUUGAGUGCAGCAGUUGAACUGUAACUGGGAUAACUAAACAACAGCCCUUAGACCAUAAUCCUGCAAACUCUGUCAAUCCAGCCUGCAAAACUUGGGCAGAUCUAUUCCAUUCGUGUCUGUGGUUUUGUUGUUCAGGUGAUACGGAUUGAACUAUUGGUACAGUUGUCUCUUUAGUGGAUAAAUUCUAAAUCAAAAUGUAUUCUGUUGAAUAUUUGCAUCUUAAAAUUUAUGCAGGCGAAUAAAGCAUUGAUUUAUUGGAGUGUGCCAGGCAGAUGAUGACCAAAAGGGGAAUAGGACAUUUGCUUUUAGGGCUAUCCUUAAAGUUUUUACCCCUGCAUCUGUACUUGAUUUAUCAGUGAGGAUAAUAUCUUUAUAUUUCAUUCUUUCAAAGAAAUGAAUAUUGAAGUCUUACCACUAGGAGGCAGGAGAAGAAAGAUUUUGUGAUUAUGCAUAGGCUUUACAGCAAGGGUUUGAUUGUAAAUGAAUCUUCACCUGACUACCUAAAGGACUGUAUGUAGCACUUCAUUAAUGAACAUUGCACCACACCAUGGCUAGCUGUUAUUCUUAGAAAACCAAGUAAGCAGAGAAAAUAAUGACUUUUUGAGCUACUCUCUAGCGCAGUUAGACUACUACGUUUUGAAGUGUCUUCAACUCCCGUUACUGGAGCUAGUUUAAUUUGGUUUUAUAUUGCUCAUUAGUUUGGUUUACAGAAUUUCCACUCAUUUUUUUGUUGAAGCAAUUAUUGACAAAAUUGAGGUGCAUUUCUGCAUGGGUUUCCUCCGGGUGCUCCGGUUUCCUCCCACAUUGCAAAGACAUAAGGGCAGGUUAAUUGGAUUUAAAAUGGGCGGCACAGACUAGUUGGGCCGGAAGGGCCUGUUACCCGCGCCGUAAAUAAAAUGUUUUUAAAAAAUUUCCCUUUUUAAAGUAGAUAUUUUUGACAACUUUUUGGUUUCUAAUUUAAAUUGCAAAACACUUCACUGCCAUAUUCAGUGCAGGUGUAUACAACUAUUAAAUGUUGUGAUAUUUGGAAACUAAACUGGUCAAAGGUGACAAUUAUCACUGUGUUCUAUGACCCUCCAAUUAUACCAGAGGCAAUACUCCUGAAAAGUCCCAACAAUAAUCUUUUUAUAGAUAGAUGCAUCUGUACUUGAUGUAUCAGUCAAUUCUCAUGCAUGCAAUCGAAAGCUGCUUGUCAGGAGAUAAGGGUAAACUAUCCACUUAGUGGUACUGUAGCAUUUCAUUUAUGUGAAUGCCAAACAUCUGGGAAUCACUUCCAAUGUUAUUAGGAUUUGAUUUGCAACAUCCUCAAGUUAUCGUUGGAUGAGCUCUGAUGUUACAUUCACUAUUUGAUCUCGGGCUUCCUCUAAGCAACAGUUGAAAAUAUGGCAGUGUUUAUUCCACAAGUGAUAUUUAGGACUAAAGGGCAAUUGCAGUUUAUUUUUCCUUCUGCAGGAGUUGCUUGCUGUCUACGCUCAGGGUUCAGUGGGUACUUUGCGCACAGUGGUAUAAAUAUGUUCUGAACUGAUAUCAAUGCACGUCAAACACAAUGGAUUGCAAGUGCUAAACGUAAAACCCUAAAGGCACAUUUGGGGUUAAAAAAAACUAUGUAUUUAAAUUGUAUAUGUAUGCAAAGAACAAAAUAUUUGUAUUCAGACAUUAGAAAUAAUAGCCUUUUUAAUGUUUUAAAUUGUACUUUAAAUUUGCCAAAUAUUGUCAAUUGUUGAUAGAUUAGCAUUUCAGUCUGAGACUGAGGUGAUUUCAUUACAUUCUGAUCAAAACAUUUAAAACUUUCAGAUGUACACAUUUAUGGAUUAUACUCCAGUGUUUUUUUUAACAUUAUCCAGUAAUGUGAUUUUAUUUGUAUCUUGCUCAUUUCUUAGUGUGCAUUUCAGCCCUUAAAUGGGCUGCUUGAUAGAUGAUACAACUGUCUCAUUCUUGGAUACAUCAGACAUAUUAAGUUUAAUUUUCAUGUUUGAGCUCUACAUGCAGAGCACAUUUUACACUAUAUUUAAUGUUUUUUGUGGGCAAUUUGACUUGCAGAUUAACGGCAUCAAUGUGAUGUAAGCCAGUAAUCAAAUGAUAGUUAGCUUUUUUAAUGCAACACAAUAUGUCGCUCAUAUUCAAGUUCUAAUUAUAUUAAAUAUGAAAAUGCUUGUAUUAAACAUUUUGAAUAUAUGUAGAAAGAAAUUACUAGAUUUUCCCACUUGAAUUACUAAAGUUUUU